AUGGAGUUUAACCCAAACCUCUCUGAGAAAACUCCCUUCCGUUCUGGGAUUUUCCCGGAAAACCCCUGCAUAAAAUCAGAGAUCCCAAUGCCAGAAGAGAACAACACCUUCAUGUACCAAAACAAUUUCCACCAUUUUCAGCAUCAUCCCCAGAAUGGCCCAAACCAUCACCACCUUUCCACAGAGGGUCCUUCCUCCAUCAUCAACCCAUUAUUCUCUUUGGCCCCAUCUUCUGCAAAGCCAUCUUCACACAAAUCCACUUACCCCAAUGAGUUUCUCAAAGGAGGCCUUACUUUAAACCACCACCCAAUGGCUUUUGCACCAAACAGCACCAAAGUUGAACCCAUGCAUGGCUACCCCAACGCCAACAAUGGCCUCUGGGACUUUUCCCUGAAACUUCCCCUUCACAGUGGUGCAAGUGCAAGUUCAAGCUCACACCCUCGUGUGGGACCCUCUCUAUCACCAUCACUUGGAUAUGGACUGGUGCAAGUGAAGCCUAGGCUUCAAGAAGAACUCUCAUGGGUCGCUGGAAAUAAUGAUCGCUUGGACACUGAUCGCAAAGCUCUUGUUGUUGACAAGAAGCAACAGAAGCAGCUGGUUCAGAGGAACAGUAAUGGCAAAAUUCAGCACAGGUUUACCAACAUAAUCAAAGGCCAAUGGACUGCUGAAGAAGACAGUGUUCUCGUCCAAUUGGUGAAGCGCUUCGGGCUCAAAAAAUGGUCUCAGAUCGCCAGGUUACUGAAUGGCAGGGUUGGGAAACAGUGCAGAGAAAGAUGGCACAACCAUCUCCGGCCAAACAUUAGGAAGGACUCAUGGAACGAAGAGGAGGACAGAAUACUGAUUGAAGCUCACAUGGAGGUUGGCAACAAAUGGGCUGAAAUUGCAAGGAGAUUGCCUGGGAGGACUGAGAACACCAUCAAGAACCAUUGGAACGCCACAAAGCGGCGCCAGAGCGCAAAGAGGCACAAGAACAGGCGCAACGGCUCAAAGGGACCGACAACACUGCUUCAAAACUACAUCAGGCAAGUCACUGCGAAUGAAGAAGCUCAAAAGGAGUUGAAGAAACGCAUGAGCAAGACGAGCAUGAGGAGUGAGAGUCUCUUCCGGGUUCGGUAUGAGAGCUCAGAGGGUGACUUCAGCUCUGAAGAUGAAGUUGGGUGGAGUGUGCAGCGCCACGUGGCAAGUGGGGGCUAUGUGCCAGUGAUGGAUGAAGUGGCAAGUGGGUCUGCUGUUGAAGACAGCACAAUGGACUAUGAGGUUGCAAUGGAGAUGGUGCCUGAGGUUGAGAUGAAGAAGGAAAUGGAUCUCAUGGAGAUGAUCUAUCGAAAGCCUUAA